ACUACCGCAGGCGCUCAGGAUGACUAUAAUCGCAUGGAAGAAUCUCGCUGAUACUAUUUUAUGUAAGAGUUUACAACAAAACAACAAUCUGAGACGUACAACUCACCUUCUGAGGGGGAUCUGUAAAAGGUAGUAAUAUCGUUUACUCGAAGUUAUACAAGAAAAAUAGCUUCGAUACUUGCCCGUCAUGAGGGUUUGUGGAAACGUGCGAAAAAAGUCUUGUCACAGGGGCGUGUCGAGAAAAAAAGUAGGGUGGGGUGCAGAGUAGUAAUUCACUGACCACGGAUCAAUUAUUAUAGCUGGUACAAGAAUUCUCCUGUUUUGUCAAAGGCACACCUUUCAUAUUGGUCUGAGGAUGAAACACUUACCCUGUCCUCUACUAGAACUCUCAGUGAUGGCUAUAAAAUACCUCGAUUUGGACUAGGUCUCUAUGACCUUGAUGAAAAGCAUACUAAACAGGCAGUACUGUGGGCCUUAGAAAAUGGCUAUCGUAUGAUUGAUACAGCUGCAAGCUACAACAAUGAGAAAAGAGUUGGUGAAGCUCUGAGAGAAAGUGCUGUUCCCAGGAGUGAAGUUUAUCUAGUGACCAAAGUGUACCAUACAGACCAUGGAUACGAGAAAACAAUGAAAGCAUAUGACAGGAGUUUGUCUGCAUUAGGUGUAGACUAUGUGGAUUUAUAUCUUAUUCAUUUCCCUGUACCAGCUGGGGUUGUUGGCUCGUGGGAAGCUAUGGCUGAGCUACAGGGCAAAGGACUAACAAGAUCAAUAGGAGUGUCCAACUUCAACAUACAUCACUUGGAAGCACUUCAAAAGCAUUCAGUUAUCCCCCCUGUUGUCAAUCAAAUUGAAGUUCACCCUUACCUCCAGAUGGAAGAGUUGGUUGACUUCUGUCGCAAGCAUAGUAUUGCCAUCCAGGCUUACUCACCGCUUACCAGGGGAGAGAAAUUGCAUGAUCCUUUGCUGAGAUCACUGGGCGACAAGUAUGGCAAGACCCCGGCACAAGUUUUGUUAAGAUGGUCCUUACAAAAGGGGUAUAUCUGUAUUUCUAAGUCAGUGCAGCUAAGUCGAAUAAUAGAAAAUGUUGAUGUGUUUAACUUUACUAUUAGUAUGGCUGAUAUGGAAAUACUAGAUGGAUUAGAGGAGAAUCUAAGAACAGGAAGGCAUAAGAUUCUUUGGCCUUGGGAAGGUUAAGUAAAAAUGUCAUAUUGUUAAAUAAAAAUGUCAUAAGUGACCGAAGUGUAACAUUCAAACAGAUCAGGAUCUAGAACACUGAAAGAAUUGACUGUUUCCUCAAUAAAAAGCUAGUUACAUUACUAUAUUAGCAUUGUGUGCUGUUUUGGGGAAUUGUGGUGCAGAAAGUGGUUUAGAUAAUCCCACGAGCCUUGGGCUGCCUGUGCCAAAGCUGGUAGGCCACUGACAACAAAAACAUGAUUGCAUGGAAGAAUCUCGCUAAUAUUUUAAGUAAGAGUUUUCAACAAAACAGCCAUCUGAGACGUACAACUCCCCUUCUGGGGAGAAUCUGUAUAAUUUCCUCGAAGUUAUACAAGAAAAAUACAGGCCCAUGGAAUGAUCGAAAAAAGUCUUGUCACAGGGGCGUGUCUAGAAAAAAAACGUAGGGUAGGGUCCAGAGUAGUAAUUCACUAACCACAAAUCAGUUUAGCUCAAAGAACCAUUUAUAACUUGAGAAGUAGGUCACAAGAUCCA